AUGAAAGUGGAAAAAGUCACGCUCUGGUCAGUCGUAUGGAGCGUUCCUAAUAAGCGGCCUCAUCUGACCGAUUCACAGCUAGCCUUGGAGAUAGCACUCGACGCAAUCAGAGACCGUCGGAUGCGUUCAGACAAAACCAUCGCUCAAUUAACUCUUGAAUCACUCGCGUUUUCGGCGAAGAGACUGAUCAAAACACUUGUUAGUGCUGCUGGCGAGGAAAAUGGAAAAUUCCCAUCUAUGUUUUUCCCAGAACUUUUACUAGAUGAGUGCAGGAGCCUAGCUCGGUUUUGCCCAACAAUAUUUCAUAUGCGUUUUUCAGUCAUCGUAUCUUACGUGUGCCUCUUAGGGUAUCGGCCUAGGGAGAUAUGGCCUUUACUAGAUGGCGGUGAGCACAUUUUCGAUCUUCACCCAAUUAUGCAGGCAAUAUUUCAAGAAUCCAUCAACAUGCUUGACAUAGCUCUUACAAGGUCCCCAGAGGCCGUAACAGAGAAAAUACUCGGCAUGACGACUGUUCGACUCUGUGUAUGUUGGCCAGAGGGCCUUCAAAAGCUUCUGCACACAAAUGCUGUUGGCGUGCUGGAUGAAAGUGCUCUUGAAGUUGCUGUCAAUGCGGAUUGUAUCGAAUCCGCAGAUCUGCUAUUCAAAGCCGGAUGCCCAGUUAACUAUGGAGACAAAACAGAAAGUAUCUUUCAGAGAGCUUCUGAACUAUGCAUGGAUGUCAUUGCUUCUAACCUAGCUAGAAGAAGAUCAGACUUGCUUUCUCUAGCGCAACAGCAGCAGGUUGUUUGCCAAGAUUUGCUACUUACCUCUGACAUCCCAGAUGACCAAGCAAGCUAUCUUUGUUCAUGCCUUGAUAAGUCUGGCAUCAGCAUUCCCCUAGCACUGAGAGUUCCAUCCUCCUAUACAACAAUCUACCACUUCCGCGGCACCUCAAUUUACCAUUAUCCUAUUCUUUUCAAAAAUGGGUUUACACAUCUAUCGGCGCCUAAUGUCUUUGGACUUUUACCGACCAUGACGCAGCAUCUGUUCCAUGAGCCCCGUCGGAUCGAGAUCGGUUAUGGAAAUGUUGUGGAGGGUAUGGAUUGGGUAGAAAGCCAAAGAAUAAUGGAACAGACACCAAAAGGCCCCUUUAAUCUCGGACUUAAUAUCGGGGCUACUAGCUGGCAUUAUCUGUCGAGAUAUUGCUCCGAUUUUCAUCCCCCACUCAGAUGCUUUUACCCUGGAAACGCAAAGGGCGUCCUCGGGGUUCCGUUACUUGACAACUGCCGAUGCUGGUGUACCCCCCCGGACAAGGGAUGCACGCCAUUGACAACAGGUUUAAAGGCGUACGUCAAGGACUUUAAUAAACUAGAGUCAAAUGUCUUAUGCAGUUUCUUCCACACAGUCAUUCUAGACACCGAAGAAGGUGAUUCAUACAUAACAGGCUGGUGCAAUGAAGUUAUCCGAUUUUUAACUUUCGAGGCUCUAGAAAUGACUCAUACUUGCUGUCAAUUCACUGUCAUCGACAGGCCAGACAUAUCACCAGAUAAAUUUAAUUUGCUCAUGAAUUGUGACCCAAGAAAAUGGCAGAAGAUCAGAAGUCAUAAGCGUGAACAAGAGAACGCUGCCCUUCUGGAGCGCUUAAUGGAAGAAUUCAUAGCAUACAUGAUGCACAUGAGACUAUCUACAAGGUCUCUCGAGAUAUUCGUGAAUGGCUAUUGGCGGCAGCGCAUGUCGGAAAUCUAUGCUGUUGACUCCAACGAGAUCAAAAACAUACAGAAUUGCUUGGUCGGCAUUAAGACCCAAAGAUGUGCUUCUAAACAGGGUUAG